AUGAGUAGCCUGCGGUUCCUCGAUCUCGUUAAACCCUUUGUGGCUUUCUUGCCCGAGGUUCAGCAGCCGGAGACCAAGGUCCCGUUCAAUCAGAAGUUGAUGUGGACCGGUCUGACGCUGCUGAUCUUCUUGGUCAUGAGCCAGAUGCCUCUGUACGGCAUCGUAUCCUCCGACACCUCGGAUCCCCUAUACUGGCUGAGAAUGAUGAUGGCGAGUAACCGGGGAACCUUGAUGGAAUUGGGUAUUACGCCGAUCAUCUCUUCCGGCAUGGUCUUCCAGCUCCUCGCUGGCACCCACAUGAUCGAUGUCAACCUUGACCUCAAGUCCGAUCGUGAACUCUACCAGACGGCCCAGAAGCUUUUCGCUUUCAUCCUCUCCGCUGGCACCGCCACUGUCUACGUCUUUACUGGCCUCUAUGGUCGCCCCUCCGACCUGGGUGCCGGCAUCGUCUUCCUCCUUAUUCUGCAGCUCGUCGUGGCAGGCAUGAUUGUCAUCCUCCUCGAUGAGCUGCUACAGAAGGGCUAUGGGCUGGGAAGCGGUAUUUCCCUGUUCAUCGCGACCAACAUCUGCGAAUCCAUCAUGUGGAAGGCCUUCUCCCCUACCUCUAUCAACACCGGCCGCGGUCCCGAAUUCGAAGGCGCCGUCAUUGCUCUCUUCCACCUCCUGAUGACCUGGCCCAACAAGCAGCGUGCUCUCCAGGAAGCCUUCUACCGCCAGAACCUACCCAACAUCAUGAACCUGCUCGCCACUCUAGCUAUCUUCGCUGCCGUCAUCUACCUCCAGGGCUUCCGCGUCGAGAUUCCUGUCAAGUCUAACCGCCAGCGAGGCGCUCGCGGCUCGUACCCCGUCCGCCUCUUCUACACCUCUAACAUGCCCAUCAUGUUGCAAUCUGCUCUGUCCUCCAACAUCUUCCUCAUCAGCCAGAUGCUGUACUCUCGCUUCUCGGAGAACCUCCUCGUCCGCAUGUUCGGCGUCUGGGAGGCCAAGGACGGAUCCUCUCAGCUUUCGGCCGUCUCCGGACUCGUCUACUACAUGUCCCCCCCGCUCAACUUCCGCGACGCUCUCCUCGAUCCCAUCCACACUGUCGUAUAUAUUGCCUAUAUGCUUACCGCAUGCGCCAUCUUCUCUAAGACCUGGAUCGAAGUCUCUGGCUCGAGCCCGCGUGACGUUGCCAAGCAGCUGAAGGAGUCGGGUCUCGUCAUGGCGGGCCACCGUGAUCAGAGCAUGUACAAGGAGCUGAAGCGCAUCAUCCCUACGGCCGCCGCCUUCGGUGGCGCGUGCAUCGGCGCGCUUUCUGUUGCCAGCGACCUCAUGGGAGCUCUAGGCUCCGGCACCGGUACACUUCUAGCCGUUACCAUCAUCUACGGGUACUUCGAGAUCGCAGCCAAGGAGGGCGAGCUAGGAGGCAUGAAGGGGAUGAUUAUGGGGUAA